AUGAAGCUAUUGUCCUGGAACUGGUUGGUGAUAUGCGGCGCUCUGGUGCCGGUGAUGGUGCAUUUGUGGCCGCGCAUAUCAUUUGACAUCUCGUCCAUCUUCCUUGUCCAGCCACUGCCAAAAGCAUACUCCAUUCGUAUUCUCUCGUACGACCCUCUCAUCAUCUACAUUGUGGGAUUCCUCUCAUGGGCCGAAAGGAGACACCUGCUGCGACUCGGAGAAUCUCUGUUCGAGAGGUCCACGAUAUACAUCGACGAAGAAACCCAAUACCUCCACGACCCAGACCGAACAAGCAGCACCGCGUAUCUCCCGGACUCGGACCCGAUAGUCCAGCGCAUAACCAAACGCGCCUCCGAAAUCCAGGGCUACACCCCCCUCGACCUGCACGAGUCCCUCCAACUCACACGCUACCGCGCCGGCCAGCUCUUCAAUCCCCACCUGGACCCCCUCGACGCGUCCGUGAACGGUAGUUCUACGCAUCGACUCACCACCAUCUUCGCCAUCGUCGAGGCGAGCUGCGAGAAGUGCGGGACGCAGUUCCCGUAUCUCAACGUCAACUGGACGCUGGAGGACCGGAGUUGGUGUGCGUAUGUGGAUUGCGAGAACCAUGAGGCGUUGACUGUGAAGGCUGUGCCGGGAAAUGCGUUGUUCUGGAAGAGUUGGGAUAAUUUCGGAGAGCUGGAUACUAGGACGACGCAUGCUGGGUUGCCGCCGGAAGGUGGUGUGAAGACUGGGUUGAAUAUUUGGACGAACGGAUGA